AGAGGACAGGCAGAGGACAGGCAGAGGACAGGCAGAGGCUUGGUCGAGACGCUCUAAGGCUCCAGCAGCAGGUGAUGCGUUCAGGAUGUCUGACGGGAGGCAGCGAACUUUGUCCACCUCUGGAGAGUCUCUGUAUCAGGUCCUGGGUCUGGAGAAAGGCUGUUGCCAUGACGACAUCAAGAAGUCCUACAGGAAGCUGGCGCUGCGCUACCACCCUGAUAAGAACCCCGACAACCCGGAGGCGGCGGAGAAGUUCAAGGAGCUGAACAAUGCUCACGCUGUCCUGUCCGACCUCACCAAGAGGAACAUCUACGACUCGUACGGAUCUCUGGGGCUCUACGUCGCCCAGCAGUUCGGAGAGGACAACGUCAACACCUACUUCAUGCUGUCCACCUGGUGGGCCAAGGGUCUGUUCCUGGUCUGCGGCGUCCUGACGGGCUGUUACUGCUGCUGCUGUCUCUGCUGCUGCUGUAACUGUUGUUGUGGGAAACUGAGGCCGACGCCCACAGGUGAGGGGGCGGGGCCAGAAUACGUCUCCCCCGACGACCUGGAGGAGGAGAUACGCAACGACCCCGACAACGACGUUGAAACUCCGAUUGUUCAGCAGCCAACGAACGCCAGCGAGAAAACUCAGCUCAUCAGUGACGGACACCGCAGAUAUGGAGACACCUACACAUGAACCAGGAAACAGGAAACGCAUCACUGCAGGUGCAUGAUGUCACUACAUCAAAACGUCCCCUCGCUCUGUGUAACAGCUGUUAGUCAAUACAAACUGAAUGAGAUGGAUUUCAUGUCAACAGAGAAACACAAUGAAGACAACAGUAUGUGGACACUAAGGUCCAUAUACUGUUGUCCUGCUGUGACUCAGACGAUAAACAGAACGGCACUUUGAUAUUUCCUCUCAUCAUAUCGUCUUCAUGGUUAUUAACCUUUAUGUUGUGUGUGCGUCAUUAAAAUAAUCACAUGUCCCACUGUUGUUGAUGUAAGUUGCAGUGCAGCGAGGCUUUUAUUAAACUGACGCUCUGAUAGGUUGUUUGAUGGUUUGAGUGCUGACGGAGGGGCGGAGCUUCAAACAGCAGACUGAUUCCGUCUUUAAUAUUUUACAAACUAUAAUCACGAUAACGUUCAACAGUGUUGUUGAUGUAAAUAAAGUUUUGGUUUGGAUGAUGGAACAAGUGACACCUGUAGUGAUGUCAUGGAUGAUGUCACCUCUAAUACACAUUUAUGAAACAACCUUUAACAUAACCUUCAUUCACAUGAAAAAUAUCUUUGGAAAAAUAAUCUCUAAUAUCCGUUUUAUAUUCCUGUGAAAACACUGACACAUUUCUCCUUCAAACAGCUGAUUUAUUCACGUUUACCACCAAAUGCUACAAUUUACGAGAUUACACUGAACACAUCAUGAGAACAUUAUAAUUUACCUUCACCCAGUACUCAUUUUUACUGACCAGAGCCUGAAUGCUUCCCAAUGUAAAUCAAUGGAACCUCUGUCAGCUGUUGGUUGUGUUCACCAGCUGUUAAGAGGUAAUGAUAAUUAGCUGCUAACUGCUAACUGCUUAGAUUGACUGCUAACAGCAAGUUGCUAACUGCAGACAGCUAGCUGCUAACAGCUAACUGCUAACCAAUAACAACUACCAGCUCUAAGCUAACUGCUAACAGCUAAAAGCUAACCACUAACAGCUAACUGCUAACAUAUAACAACUAGCUGCUAACUGCUAACAAAUAACUGCUAACCACUAUCAGCUAACAGCUAACUGCUCGUAGCUAAAAGCGAACUACUAACAGCUACAAGUGAACAGCUAACUGUUAGCUGCCAACAGCUAACCACU